ACGCUUGUGUGCAUUGUUGUUAUGAGGGCAUGCUGGUUCUCACACACUAUAACACAACUUAAAUACUUGCAAAGGGAGUCUGUCUCUCCAGCCAUGGCUGCCUGUAGCCAGACUUGAGGAGAGAGAGAGAGAGAGAGAGAGAGAGAGAGAGAGAGAGAGAGAGAGAGAAAAAGAGAAAUAGAGAGAGACUUGUGCUGAUCACAUCACAACGGCUGCUGUUGUUGCUACAGUACGUGUGAAAGGCAGAGAGGGAGAGGGAGAGGCAGCUGAGCUGGUGUUUGUCUCUGAUACUCGGUGGGAAGAGCUGAGCGCUGUGAGCUGUGAGCAGUGCAGUGCAGAACAGAGAAGAGACAUUCAGUCCUCUGGUAUGUGUCCAGUGUGAGCGACUUAGUCCAGUCCCUGCGCAUCUCUGCUGCUGUCUGAGCAGCCUCGCACACCAGGACUCUGACAACCAUUCUCCCAAACAGGAAUACCUGUGUCCACUGAAGCGGUUUGUGUAGAGGAGCAUGUUGUGACAGCCAUGUCUCUGGAGAUGGAAAAGACCAUCACCAAGCUGAUGUACGACUUUCAGAGGAAUUCCACCUCUGAUGAUGACUCUGGAUGUGCACUGGAGGAAUACGCCUGGGUCCCCCCCGGCCUCAGUCCUGAGCAGGUGCAUCAGUAUUAUAACUCCUUACCAGAAGAGAAGGUCCCCUAUAUAAACAGCCCUGGAGAGAAAUGUCGCAUCAAACAACUGCUUCACCAGUUGCCACCACAUGACAAUGAGAUGCGUUAUUGUAACUCGUUGGACGAGGAGGAGAAGCGAGAGCUUAAGCUCUUCAGCAACCAAAGGAAGAAGGACAGCUUGGGCAGAGGCAACGUCCGUCCUUUCCCCCCCACAAUCAAUGGGGCGAUCUGUGAAAAGUGUGGUGGUCAAAUAAAUGGAGGGGACAUUGUGGUUUUUGCUGCAAGGGCAGGUCAUGGAAAAUGCUGGCACCCAAACUGCUUCGUCUGCAGCAUGUGUGAGGAACUGUUGGUGGAUCUCAUCUACUUCUACCAUGAUGGCAAGAUCUUCUGUGGCCGGCAUCAUGCCGAGAGGCUGAAACCCCGCUGCUGUGCCUGUGAUGAGAUCAUUUUUGCUGAUGAGUGCACUGAAGCAGAGGGCAGGCACUGGCACAUGAAGCACUUCUGCUGCUACGAGUGUGAGACCACCCUCGGCGGCCAGCGCUACAUCAUGAAAGACGGACGGCCACACUGCUGCAACUGCUUCGAGUCCCUUUAUGCAGAGUACUGUGACGCAUGUGGAGAACACAUAGGCAUCGACCAAGGCCAGAUGACGUAUGAUGGGCAGCACUGGCACGCAACCGAGGAGUGUUUCUGCUGUGCCCGUUGCAAGCGCUCUCUGCUGGGCCGCCCCUUCUUGCCAAAGCAGGGGCAGAUCUUCUGCUCACGGUCCUGCAGCGCUGGACAGGAUCCAGAUGAGUCUGACUCCUCAGACUCAGCAUUCCAAAGCGCCCGUUCUCGUGAAUCCCGCCACAGCACCAAGAUUGGCAAAAAGGAGCGCAGGAACGCUGAGCAGGAGAGGCGGAGUGCCGAGACCCGCCAGACAGCUCCUCCACCCAUGCCUGACCGUCUGUCUGCUGAAAUUGAUCCUCUCUCUGUUCAGAUGGACCGGUUAAGCCUCUCAUCUAGCCAGACCCCAAGCAGGACACCAAACCGCACUCCGAGCCGCACUCCGAGCCGUGCCCCGAGCCUUAACCAAGUGUGGAUGAGCCGGGAUGAUCCCUAUGUUCCUGCUGUCUAUGAGGGCCCCCAGGGGGAACCCUCCCCCACACCAGCACCUAUACAUCUGCUGGGUCAGUGUAACCCAAGGCAGGGCUACAAUCCCAACGCAAACGCUCAUCCUCCAGCUCAGACUGCUGCCAACCCAGGGAAGAGGCCUGACUCCUGGGGGAAGGAACAAGGCAACGCCAAGAGGACCCCUAUGGCUGCUCUGAGGGGCCACUCCUUUAAUGAAAACUGGACCCACCAAAACCAGGAAGAGUUUAGGCCCAACAAGCUACGCACCCAGAUGAGUUUCAAUGAGAUGUCUAGCCAGAACCAAGGCUUCUCUGACAAGAGGAGCAUUAGUCUGCACGGAUUCCAGAGAGAUGGCCGACCCCCGCUGACCAGGAGGAAUCCCAUCAAUGCAAUGAGCUUCAAUGAGCCCCUCACUCCUCUAGAACAGACUCCUCGUGGAUCCAUGGAUUCCCUCACUAUGUCCAAUGCUACAGGUAACUCUUUGGAUGGGGUCAGUAAGCGUCAGGAGCAUUUGUCUAGGUUCUCCAUGCCCGACCUGAGUAAAGACUCGGGUGUGAAUGUGUCUGAAAAGAGCAACAUGGGCACCCUCAGCUCAUCAGUUCAGUUCCACAGCACAGAGUCGCUGUCCUCCUCUCGCCCCUACACAAUAAUGUACCUCCCGAAGGGCUACCCCUCCCCUUUCUGGGAUGGCCCGCAGCCGUUGGGCUUUUUGGGAAGGUGGUUGGGUGAUGGGCGAGUGGGAAACCUGCGUAUGGCUCCAAAAGGCCAAAGCCCCCGAGUUUACGGACAGGAACCCUGUCGCGCAAACAGCCACAACCAAAAGGGGCCCAACCCCAUCGGGAAACCAAGGUAACACCCAACACCAAUGGCCGUCCCCCACAAACGCUCUGCGUCCCCCUUACAAUGCCCCCACCCUGGUGCGACGGGCCCCCCAAAUGGUAAGCCCCCUACCGUCGCUCCAAGGGGUUCGAUCGUUUCCCCCCGUAAGCGCUCGGGAGUUUUUUGGCUUGACCGGGGUACAACACCAGCCCCCAAAGCCCGCCCCCCCCACCACUCUGUUCCCCUCAAAUGGGUGGCACCUGUGGCUAGGGGGCCAUGCUGGGGGGUGGGUCUGGAGGUGCUGACCCCCGGUGCUCCGCUGCUCCUCUUCUUCCCAGUCCGAGGGGAGGGCUUAUUUCCUGGUUGGAACCCAAACCCCUCGGCCCGUGCACUUUGCUACAUCAACAACGGGGAGCUGCGCCAUCGCUACAGCCCCUCUGGGAUAGCUGCCCAUCACGGACCUCUGCACGGACCGAUUCAUGGCCAGCUGCCCCACCGCCAAAGGAGGAAGAGCAAAAACUGUAUACUUUCAUAGAUAUGAGCAAAGAGAUGUAUAAUGAACAGGAGAAAAUGAAAGAGAUGAGAGGGGGGAGAGGUAAAAAGGAGAGGUUUAAGGAACGGGAGAGGUGGCGGGGGAGUGGG